CAUGCAGCAUGGGUCUUCUGAGUAAAGUCUAUGAGCUUUGUGACUGCUCUCACAGUCAUGAGAAGCUAAAGAAAAACAAGCAAUUACAGACGGUGGAGAUCAAAGUGAGGAUGGACUGUGAAGGGUGUGAGAGAAUAGUGAAGAAAUCAGUGCAAGGCAUGAAGGGAGUCACACAGGUUGAGGUGGACCGCAAGCUGAGCAAGCUCACCGUGGUUGGCUAUGCGGACCCCAACAAGGUAUUGCAUCGUGUCAGGCAUCGGACGGGGAAGAAGGCUGAUUUAUGGCCCUAUGUACCGUACGAUGUUGUUCCGCAUCCGUAUGCUCCGGAGGCUUAUGACAAGAAGGCCCCACCUGGGUACGUGCGGAACGUCCUGGAGGAUCCGGUGGCUUCGGCUAUCGCACGUGCCAGCUCCACUGAAGUGAAGUAUACGACGGCGUUUAGCGACGACAACCCAAAUGCAUGUGUGGUCAUGUAAUUGUUUUGUGGGCAGUCAUGUAAUUGUCAUCUAAAUAUGUUCUAAUUGCACUUGUAAAUUUUGUAACGCUUCAGUAGUAAGUAGCAGUAAUACUAGCUGUAAAAAUUCGUUUAUGUCAAUGGAGUUGAAGUACCAAUUUUAUUA